GCAGGUCAGAUCAUCACUGAUGAACACAGGCUCAUGCCAGUGUCCUUUUCGUACGGCCUAUGUUAAUUCGCAUUUCUACCCGAGCCUGAACAUGGCCUAAAUGUGUUUUGCAUAUCCCCUUGGCGCCCUAGUCCGUGGAUUGGAACGGAGUUUGAUAAUGAAACAUUAUAAUGCCCCAUUUUUACUGCCUUGCUCUCCUAUCCCGCUCCUAACUAUGCCUAGAACAAGACCGCAAUACAAAGAGACAUUCCCUCUUGGUCCUUUCACUGUCCCUCGAGUAUGGGUAGGUCUUUGGCAGCUGUCAAGUAACGCUUGGGGAAGCGCUUCGGCAGCGAAGAUUCGUCAAGCAAUGGCUAGGCACAUCGAAAUGGGUUACAAUGCCUUCGAUAUGGCCGAUCACUAUGGAAGCGCGGAAAUACUCUACGGGCAAUUCAAAGAAUCACUACCCAGCUCAGCAGAAGUUGUUGGAGCUACAAAGUGGUGUGUAUUCCGGCAAACAAAUGUGUCGCGUUCUGUGGUGGAGAACGCGGUUCGUGAGCGUAUGACACGCAUGCGCACCACCACCGUGGACUUGUUGCAAUUUCAUUGGCAAGAUUACUCCGACAAAGGAUAUCUUACCGCCCUCCAGAUUCUUCAAGACCUUCAGAACGAAGGGCUCAUCAGCGCGGUCGGCCUGUGCAAUUUCGAUGCCAUACGAACAGAUGAAAUAUGCACACAAUUAGGCCCUGGUUUCAUCGUUUCAAAUCAAGUUCAGUUCUCUCUAAUUGACACUCGGCCCCUCCACGGGAUGGCCGACGUAUGUGAACGGCAUAACGUGAAGCUAUUAACAUACGGCACGCUUUGCGGUGGAUUUUUAGCAGAUCAGUGGUUGAAUCAGCCGGAACCAGAUCUCUAUUCCGGUGUUUUGACGCCAUCUCAACGCAAGUAUCUUGAUAUGAUUUUGAAGGCCUGGGGGAACUGGGCACUUUUCCAGUCCCUCUUGGCAGUGCUGCGUGAUAUUGGUGAUCGUUAUGGGGGGCUGAGCAUUGCAAACAUAGCCACACGAUGGGUCCUUGAUCACUCUUUUGUCGGAGCUGUAAUCAUUGGCGCCCGUUUAGGAGUUUCUGAGCACAUAGAUGACAACGACCGUGUUUUUGGUUUCAGGUUGACUGACGAGGACAAUCGUGCCAUUGAAGCAGUACAAGCUCUGUCUAAUGGUCGCCGGAUGAUUACCCUGAUAGGGGACUGUGGGGCCGAAUACCGUUGAUAUGGCUGUACUCUAUCAUUUUUCUGUACAGCUAUUCAUCUUGUGAUUGUGGUGUAUCUUUGAUAAGAACUCGAAAAUCACAUCUGUGUGCACAUGUUCAGGAUCAAAUCCGCCACAGAGACAUCAUACUAUUCUCAGAACAAGGAUCUGCAUCAUUAGUAGGGUCCGAAAAGUUUGAUGCGGCUGGAGUU